UCUUCAUUUUUCACUGUUCUAACUUCUGUUCUUAUUAAAAGAUUUGCAAUUGGUGAUCUUUUGAUUUAUUAUAUGCUUCAUGUUUUCAUUGUUCUGUUCUUAUGAAGAAAAAAUUUGCAAUUAGUGAUUGUAUGAUUCAUGUUUUGAUUGUUUUGUUAUAUAAACAAAAUUCUGUUUUCAUUGUUUGGUUGCACUGUCCCUGUUCUUGAUCUCUGCCGACUUGCUACCCCUCCUCUGUGUUGGAUUCUUUUUGUUUCAGGCUUUCUUGUGUUUUUGUUUCAGCCUCUGUUGUGUUGUGUGUUUGUUUCGGGCUCUGUUGUGUGUUUAUUGUGCAACACUAUCAUUUUUUGUUUUACUUUUUGACUUAGCUACACUAAGACAAUAUUUUCUAUCUUUAACUUGUGCAUUGUAAUUCAAUCCAGCUAUUUUUAAUGGAAAUAUAAUUAUGUUAAUUGUCAACAAAUUUGUAGCAAGUUAUUGCUUAUUUUGAUGAUUAAUUACAUUUAGUUGGUGAUAUUUUAAGUAGGGUUUUAAAUUUGAAAGGUAUUUUGGAUUUUUUUUUAUAAUUUAUUUAUUGUUUUAUUAUGGAGCGGUUUUUCCGGUUGAAUUACGGUUAGACCGAUUGAAUUAGUAAACCAAUGAACCAGUAACUAAAACAGUUUGAUGACCAGUCCGGUUUUUAGAAUCUUGUUCAAAAUCAUUGUUCUAAAAGCCAAAUGAAAUUAGGAAGGAGUGUGUUAUGGAAAUAAAUCCUUUUACAUUUUUUUAAUGUAAUUUUUAAUUUUUUUUAUAUUUUUUAUUUUAUUUAUAAAAUUAAUUAUAAAAAAUUAUUUUUUAUUCUCUCAAAUAAAAAAAUGGAGAGAAUCUAUUUUCAUGUUCUACUGCUCUCAUAAUUCGGUCCUUAGAAUAUAAUGGUUCCUUUCAAGAACGGUUUCGAAUUGGAAAACCGUCCUAAAACCGUUGUUCUGGUUCAAAAAAAUUGGCUCGGACCAAAACGAGUCCCGAAAAAAAGCCGAUCUCGAACCCUAACCCCACCCAACCCAUUCUCCACACUCCUCUCCUCCCUCCUCUCUCGCAUCAGCGUCUUUCUCCUCUCUCUCUUUGAGCCGGCGCCUCCCGUUGCGGCCUCGCGUUGCGCCGUGUUGUCCAUUGCUUCGGCUGUGUUGUUCUUCCACCGCUGCCUCAGUUCUGUAUAAUAAGGCAGCACCUUCUGAUCAUCGUGAGAAUCGUUGCAGCCUUAACCCAUUUUGCCUUUGUUUGUUGUUGCCGGCACAAGAGCUUGUGCCGUUGUUGGAGCAAGACUCCUCAAAGUUGCUGUUGGCUCCUCGGCCUCCUCAAUGUACCUUUGAAUUUUGUGGAACGAUGAACACGCCCAUUAUUGAUCCGUUGCAGGGAGACUUCCCCGAAGUGAUUGAGGAGUAUUUGGAGCAUGGCUGUAUGAAAUGUAUUGCCUUCAAUCGCCGCGGUACCCUUCUUGCUGCUGGGUGCAAUGAUGGAAGUUGUGUUGUCUGGGAUUUUGAAACCCGGGGAGUUGCUAAAGAGCUUCGGGAUAAUGAAUGUUCCUCUCCCAUAACCAGUGUCUGUUGGUCAAAGUGUGGUAAUCGAAUUCUUGUAUCUGCUGCCGACAAGUCGUUAUCAUUAUGGGAUGUUUUGAGCGGUAAAAGAAUGACAAGAAUAGUCUUGCAACAAACCUCUCUACAAGCCCGUCUUCAUCCAGGUUCCUCUAUGCCGUCUCUAUGCUUAGCAUGCCCUCUCUCGUGUGCUCCAAUGAUUGUUGAUUUGAAUACAGGCAACACAACUUCACUUAAAGUUUCUGUCUCAGAGAUAUCCAAUGGACCAAACCUUCCAUCGCGUAACAAGUGUUCUGAUGGAAUUACCUCCUUCACACCAACUGCUGCUUGCUUUAGUAAGUAUGGCAGUCUGGUUUAUGUGGGGAACUCAAAAGGGGAAAUUCUUGUAAUUGAUCAUCAAGAUGGUGAAGUGCGUGCCAUGGUUCCUAUCUCUGGUGGUUCUGUAGUAAAGAACAUUGUGUUCAGCAGGAAUGGACAGUAUCUACUUACAAACUCAAAUGAUCGAGUAAUCAGGAUCUAUGAAAAUCUUCUUCCCUUGAAAGAGGAAGUAAGGGCACUUGAUGACCUUAAUAAGAAUUUCAACGAUCUUGAUGGAGUUGAGAAGUUGAAGGCUGUAGGAACAAAAUGCUUAACUUUAUUUCGGGAAUUUCAAGAUUCAAUUACAAAGGUGCACUGGAAAGCGCCCUGUUUCAGUGGUGAUGGUGAGUGGGUUGUCGGGGGUUCUGCUAGCAAAGGAGAACACAAGAUUUACAUUUGGGAUAGGGCUGGGCAUCUUGUGAAAAUCCUUGAAGGGCCUAAGGAAGCUCUUAUUGAUUUAGCAUGGCAUCCUGUACGUCCUAUUGUUGUAUCUGUUUCUUUGAAUGGAAUAGUUUACAUUUGGGCUAAAGAUUACACUGAGAAUUGGAGUGCAUUUGCUCCCGAUUUCAAAGAGCUUGAGGAAAAUGAGGAGUAUGUAGAGCGAGAAGAUGAAUUUGAUUUGAUUCCUGAAACCGAGAAGGUAAAAGGUUCUGAUGUUAAUGAAGAUGAAGAAGUUGACAUUGUAACUGUGGAGGAAGAUGCUGCUUUCAGCGACUCUGAUAUGUCUCAAGAAGAGUUAUGUUUCUUGCCUGCAACUCCCAGUCGUGAUGUUCCUGAACAAGAUAAGUGUCUAGAAAGUUCUUCAAAGCUAGUGGACAGUACCAACACUGGAUCCCCACUUUCAGAAGAAGCUGGGCCAAAUGGACAUAUGCCGAAUCAAGCCUCAAGUCCAGUUGAAGAUGAUGCUGGUGGUGCACGUGUUAAAAGAAAACGGAAACCUUCUGAGAAGGUGUUAGAGUUACAGGCAGAAAAAAUAAAGAAACCAUCAAAACCUAGCAAAUCCUCUAAACCUAGAGGCAAAUCUUUGGUUGAUCAGGAUAAUAGUAAUGGUUUUGACGGUGUUGAACUUACAGAUGAAUAAUAGCAGAUUGCAAUUUCUUCUGUGUUGGAAAAAGAGACAUUGUACUAUAAUUUACUUUCUUUUCAUAUCUAGGAUCCUGACAAGAGAAAGUUAAUGGUUAGAAAUCACAUAGUAUGGAUUGGUCACGUGAAUGUUUUAUUGAAUUGAUCAUGGAACUAAACGUUUUUGUAUAGUUGAAUUGGUAAAAGCUUAGUUUAGUUGAACUAAUUUAGUUAGUUUCAGAACUUGUUGGGUUUAUUGGUUUUAAUUGUAAUGCACAAGUGCCAUUUCCGUAGUAUGUGGAUGGACUCCGGUAAUGCUACAUUUCUGGCCAGUUUUAGCCAACUUGUAGAGUUGUAGCCUAUUUGAAACAUGAAUGUGUUAUUAUUACUAUCCUUUAGAUAUGAUGAGCCUGUUCAUUUA